UACAAAACUUUGUACUGUUGCCCGAGCUCGGCUCGUUUUCGUUUAAAUCAAAAAAGAAAAUUAAAAACGGAAAGAAUACCGGGAAAAUAAUCAAGUUUUAAAUUUUAAAACGGAUUUAAGAUAUCCCGCAAAUCUUAAGAUCUCACGUUUGCCUUAGAAAAACUUGGCGUCGCGACGCGAGUGAAUUCGUACAAACUUUUUGGCAAGGCUUCAAAGGAGAAUUCGCUCCGCAAUUUUGUUUGGUUUACCGUUUUUUUUUUGUUUUGUUUUGCUUGGCAACCAAGCCAGCCUGCCAAUCUAAAGGAUCAUCCCGUUUAAAGCUGCGGAUAAAGAUGACACAUCAGAGCUUCGGUUGCCUGGUCAAGUGGUUCUAUCUGGUGCUGAUCGUGCACACGCUCCUCUGCAUCGGCCAGCUCGAGUGCCGCCAGCACCACAAUCGGAAUAAUAAUAAUAAUAACAACAGAAGAUCGGACUCAGCUAGCUCGGAGGAGAGUCAUAGCAACACCAGCGAUGGCCUGGACAACUUUGGAGACAACGAUAGCGGCAUGGUUGUAAGCCAUCAGCCGCGGAGGGGUCAGCGUAAAAAACAGCAAAACGGCGGCGGCAAUGGAGGAGGAGGAGGUGCAGCUGCUGGAGGCAGUGGAAAUGGUGGCGGUAGUCACCGACAUAACCGCGAGGAGAACGGCAUCUCAUUGUGGAUCAACGAGCAGCAGCUCAAGAUGCUAACCGCGCUUUACUUUCCCCAAGGAUACUCGGAGAAACUGUAUGCCAUACACAAUGGACGUGUGACCAACGAUCUGCGCGACACCACACUGUAUAACUUCCUGGUCAUCCCGUCGGAGGUGAACUACGUGAAUUUCACCUGGAAGUCGGGUGCUAGGCGCAAGUACUUUUAUGACUUUGAUCGACUGCAGACGAUGGACGACAGCAUACUGAAGGCACCGACGCUAUCCAUCCGAAAGAGCGGACGCAUACCGCAGGAGCAGAAGAAUUUUAGCAUAUUCCUGCCCUGCACCGGCAACAGCUCCGGCACCGCGUCCUUCAACGUCGGCCUCAAGAUCCAGACGCGCCACAACAAGCCGCUCUCGGGCACACCUAUACGCCUCAACUUCAAAAAGGAAUGCGCCCACAGAGGUGUGUAUGAUAUAGACGCUUCCAACCCUACUUCACUAACAACUUUGCAAGCUCCCGAUCCAGAAUGCAGCUUGAAGUGCGGCAAGAAUGGCUAUUGCGACGAGCGUCACAUCUGCAAGUGCAACGUCGGAUAUACGGGCAAGUACUGUGAGACGGCCUUUUGCUUUCCGCAGUGCCUCAACGGUGGCAACUGCACGGCACCCUCGGUCUGUACCUGUCCGGAGGGAUACCAGGGCACCCAGUGCGAAGGCGGUAUUUGCAAGGACAAGUGCCAGAAUGGCGGCAAGUGUAUACAGAAGGACAAGUGCCAGUGCUCAAAGGGUUACUACGGCCUGCGCUGCGAGUACUCCAAGUGCGUGAUACCGUGCAAGAACGAGGGCCGCUGCAUCGGCAACAACAAGUGCCGCUGUCCCAACGGACUCCGUGGCGAUCACUGCGAGAUCGGGCGCAAGCAGCGCUCCAUCUGCAAGUGCCGCAACGGUGUCUGCCUUUCCCAGAAGCGCUGCAAGUGUCAUCCGGGCUUCUAUGGUCGACACUGCAACGGCCGCAAUCGGAGUCAUGCCCACUGAGAACGAUGUUGACCCGAGUGGAGGCGCACGCACACCAUCUAUAGUAAUCUUCAUUUAACACUUGCAAGUUGCAACACUAAUUCUAAUAAAAGCAACAACAACAACCACAACAGCGACAAAAAGGAUGAAUCGAAAAUAAUUCUAAUUGUGAUAAAAUUUUUUUGUAAUUUAAACAUUUUUAAAUUAAAACAAAAUCUAAGAGUUGAUAGG